ACUGUGAUACGCUAUAUUUACCGUUUCUGAGGUACAUCUCCUGUGUGUUGUUUAGUUUUGUUGGUUUUACAGUGAUGAAAUGGAUUGUUUUCACUGUAAUAACUGUUUUCUGAGAGGAGGAAAGCCGUUUGUAGUGUCCAGCUGUGGUCAUAUAUUUUGUGAGGACUGCAUUAAUACAAAGUUUACUGGUCAGUGCAGAAUUUGUCAUGCAAACUGUAACUACUUACCAAUAUCUGACCAGAUGAAACCUCAGGAAAAGAUGUUUUUCACAGAUCCGGUGAAGAUCAUACAGACUCGACUGGAACAUAUUGCACAGAUUUCUUUUUUUCAGAAAAGGCAGAAGGAGCGUGUCAUAGCUUUCUAUAAAAGUAAAUCUGCAGAGCUGGAGCGAAGACUGAAAGAAGUCAAUGAUCAGUUUUACAGGCAAGUGUCUGAGAUGAAAAGAGAGAAUGAGGAGCUCAAGAAACCUCUUUCUCAAAGGAGGACAUCUCCGGGGACGUUUCCAAUUAAUGGAGGUACUCCACGAAUGACACUGCCUGUGGCUGUGACAUCACCAGUCACACCACGCUCUAGAGCUGUCAGUGACACAUUGGAGAGAUUUAGACAUUCAAGACUUGGCAUGACGACUCCCACAGGUUCAUCCAUCUCUAUGUCAAGCGUGAGUUCAGUACAUGAACAUGGUGUCAGAACACCAAGUUCAGUUCACACCCCCACAAGGUCCCAACAUACAACACCAAACAACUUUCAGUUCCAAUUUUUGGCUCGACCUACACCGCAGUCACCACGGCCAUGAAACCUCAAUGAUCAUUUGUAGCUCUUUAAGUUAUUCGAAAGCCACCUUACAAUGGCACUCACUUGUUCCUGCGCUCAUUGUUCAAUUAUUAACAGAAUUAAAAUGACAUAAAUAUAACUUACUUUUAAGUGGAUAUUAAAAUGCAA